CGCUCUUCAGUCCUGCCUUCAGCAACCGAUUCUUCAACGUCGGGUCGAAGGAGAAAACAGCACAAAAAUGCGUGAGUGUAUUUCAAUGCACGUCGGCCAGGCCGGAGCCCAAAUGGGCAAUGCAUGCUGGGAGCUGUACUGCCUGGAGCACGGCAUCCAGCCGGACGGACAAAUGCCCAGUGACAAAACUAUUGGAGGAGGCGACGACUCCUUCAACACCUUCUUCAGUGAGACUGGCGCUGGCAAACAUGUUCCCAGAGCAAUCUUUGUGGACUUGGAGCCGACAGUCAUUGAUGAAGUCCGUACAGGAACCUACCGCCAGCUUUUCCACCCCGAGCAGCUCAUCACUGGAAAGGAAGACGCGGCCAACAACUACGCCCGUGGUCACUACACAGUGGGUAAAGAGAUCAUUGACCUGGUUCUUGACAGGACUCGCAAACUGGCUGACCAGUGCACAGGGCUGCAGGGUUUCCUCAUCUUCCACUCCUUUGGCGGAGGAACCGGCUCCGGUUUCACCUCUCUGCUCAUGGAGCGUCUCUCCGUUGACUACGGCAAGAAGUCAAAGUUGGAGUUUGCAGUUUACCCAGCUCCUCAAGUGUCCACAGCCGUGGUGGAGCCCUACAACUCCAUCUUGACCACCCACACCACCCUGGAGCACUCUGACUGUGCCUUCAUGGUGGACAAUGAGGCCAUCUAUGACAUCUGCCGCAGGAACCUGGACAUCGAGCGUCCCACCUACACCAACCUCAACAGGCUGAUUGGUCAGAUUGUCUCCUCCAUCACCGCCUCCCUUCGCUUCGAUGGAGCCUUGAACGUGGACCUGACAGAGUUCCAGACCAACUUGGUGCCCUAUCCUCGCAUCCACUUCCCUCUAGCCACCUAUGCCCCUGUUAUCUCAGCAGAGAAGGCCUAUCACGAGCAGCUCUCUGUGGCUGAUAUCACCAAUGCCUGCUUCGAGCCGGCCAAUCAGAUGGUGAAGUGUGACCCUCGCCAUGGAAAGUACAUGGCUUGCUGCCUCCUGUACCGUGGUGACGUGGUACCCAAAGAUGUCAAUUCAGCCAUUGCCACCAUCAAGACGAAACGCACCAUUCAGUUUGUGGACUGGUGCCCUACAGGCUUCAAGGUGGGCAUCAACUACCAGCCCCCCACCGUGGUUCCUGGAGGAGACCUGGCCAAGGUGCAGAGAGCCGUGUGCAUGCUGAGCAACACCACCGCCAUCGCAGAGGCCUGGGCUCGACUCGACCACAAGUUCGAUCUGAUGUACGCCAAGAGGGCCUUUGUCCACUGGUAUGUGGGAGAGGGAAUGGAGGAAGGAGAGUUCUCAGAGGCCAGAGAGGACAUGGCUGCCCUGGAAAAGGAUUAUGAGGAGGUGGGAACCGACAGUGUUGGAGAGGAGGACGAAGGCGAGGAGUACUAGGCUGCUGGAAAGUCCAUCUGCUGAUUGCUGUAGCUCAGUGUUUAAAAAGCAAUAUUGGACUUGUAUCUUAAGUUCUGCACAUUCCAGCCAGCAAUGCAUUUAUUCCAAAUAAAACCAUGAUAAUAAUAAA